AUGUACCCGCAAACUAGCAACCCGUCGGGCAACCCUACCGCACAGAGAACGAGCCAUAUCCUUCAGUUUGGCGACAGCCCGGAAGACCCCGUCAACAAACGAAUGCAAAGCCCAUCUUACCUUUUUGGGACUCCAUUAUUUACUCGGAACCCGGAUGUCGAGAAGAUGAUCGCUGCAGUCGAGAGCCUUACUCCUAAGCACGGCGGACUCUCCGAUCAAGGAAGCGUAAGCAUUGGUGGUGACAUGUGUCAGGCUCCGAAACGCAUCGAGGAAGAAUUAUCGAGGGACAAAGAGCGGACGAAAGCAGAAAAGGCCAGCCACCCUGAAAUAAGCAGGUUAUCGCCCUAUUUUUCAGGGUUUGGGCCUCAGUCAGAGCAUGGUAAAAUAGUCAAUUUCCCCUCACGUACGGCUAUCGUGUUUGCGAAACUAGGAUUGCAGCUGCCACCGUAUUCAAGAUCCAAGGCAAAACCAAGCCCGAAUCUGCAAUACGGCAAGGCGGUAAUGCGGUUUGCGGAUCCAGCGGGCGUCGGUGCGGUCGGCGAACAUGUGGGCAUUGGUUGA